AUGGGCGAAUCAAGAACAGAACUCCUUGCAUGGUUAAAUGACUUGUUGCAGCUGAACUAUACGAAAGUAGAGCAAUGCGGGACAGGCGACGUCCAGCUCAACAAAGUCAAAUUCAACGCUAAACACGAAUAUGAAUACGUAGCCAAUUUCAAAGUGCUCCAGACAGCUUUUGAUAAACAUAAACUUGACAAGACGAUCUCCGUACAGCGUCUGGUAAAAUGCAAGUUCCAAGAUAACCUUGAAUUUCUUCAAUGGAUGAAAAAAUACUGGGAUACUUACUAUCCAGGGGGACCAUACGAUGCGUUGGGCAGAAGAGGAAACAUGGCAGGAACGCCCAAAUCUGUUACCGGUGGUGGCUCCACUUCCGCGAUUAGGACUGGAAUGACAAAGAGGACGCCAGGAGCAGGAGGCAGAACUGGGGGAGUAAGCAUGCAUGCACCCAUAUCAAGUUCCGGCCGCCUUUCUGCUUCAGGCAUGAGUGACCCUGUACAAUCCAGUGCUGCUGUCCUUGAUUUAACUAAAAAGCUUGAGGAAGUCAAUGCAACAGUCGAUGGUUUGGAGAGGGAAAGAGAUUUUUAUUUUGGCAAGUUGAGGGAUAUUGAGAUUCUUGUGCAACAACAAAUCGAGGGCGAUCCAGAGAAUGUUUUCUUGAAGGAGGUUCAGGAUAUCUUGUAUAGCACGGAAGAUGGAUUUGAAGUGCCGCCAGAGGGUGGAGUCGAGGGAGUAGAGUAUGAAGAUGAGACUUUCUAA